AUGGAUGUUCCUUGGCAACGUUCCGAAGAAGAUGUACGUUUCAUCGACGAUAGCGAAUACAAGGGCACCUGGAAUGCGCUGGGCAUGGAAGGAAUCGGCAAAUACGUUUUGCCACGUCGUUACCCUCCUCUCACUCUAUCGCCUUUUCCUCCUCCUCCUCCUCCUUCUCCUCCUUCUCCUCCUUCUCCUCCUUCUCCUUCUCCUGUUUGCGCCUUCUUAUUCACCUCCUCGUUCUUCUUUCUCACCCUCGUUUCUUCGAACAUAUGUACUACACGAUUUCGUUUGGCCAUGGCAGAUGCCGUGUUCGAAGGGGAGCUUCGUGAUGGUACUUUUCACGGUCACGGUACUAUGUCUUGGCUCCAUGGACAAAGAAUGGAUGGUGUUUGGUACCACGGCGAAUGUAACAAAAACCGAUAUACGUUUAACGAUGGAUUGACAUUUUAUAAAAAGGACUGGAAAUACUGCAAAUUUCCCGACAGGCGAUAUUACGAGUGUAUAAAGCAUGGCUUAAAACCUGCUGGUGCAACUUUACGUACAAAUAAUCGAACCGAAUUUGUCGUUCCUCCUUACUGUUACGACGCUGGUAUCGGAAUUUUUAACCCACGUACAAAUUGUAUCGUAUCAUAUCGAGAUCCAGACAAGGUACUUAAAUAUAUAUAUACAUAUAUAUAUAUAUAUAUAUACAUAUAUACCUAUUUCGUCUGCGAGCGUUGUACGACUCUCGGUGUAGAAAAUGUUUCUCACCUCUUUGAUACAAGAUUCUACUACCGGAAGGUUGGCCGCUUAUAUUAAGCUACUAUAUAUUACAUUACAAAGGUACUUCUAAUACCGAACACUGCAUUUAUUCGAUGGAUAAAAAGCAAUUGUCGCAAGGCAUGGUCUGAACCGACCGGUCAUCGAGAACACCUUUAUGAAAAUUGGUAUUCUUCGAAUUUCGAUGCGGCUACUCUUUCGAAAUUAUUACCUUUCUCGAAUAAUUCCUCUGACUUUUGGUGGAAAAGGUACGGACGAAGUAACGUUAAUCGUCUUUAAUUCUUAAUUCUCUUUUUAUUUUUCU